GGUGACACAUUCCAACCCGCUGGACCGACGCUUUCCUCGGCCUAUGGCGGCGCCUCUCCCGCCGGCCUGCUCCGGUUGAAGGGAGGAGCCAAACUACAGGAAAACGUGACAUUUCCGCAUGUCAAUAAAAAUACCUUUCUGGAGACAAGAGGAAGAAGUGGAUAUAGUUUAUGAGAAGAAGUGUUCAGGUGCUCUGCUGCUUUCGGUGCCCACAGUUAGCAUGUAAGUUUCGGUCACAUGAUGCCCAGCCUGCGCAGACACGCACGAGCUGCCGGGAAACAAACCACACCGGAGGAUUUUAUAAAAGCUGAGGUUGAGUUUAAACUGAAAGCGAAGAAGGAGACAGAGGUGCUGUUAACAUGCUGAAGUUAAAGCCAAAGUUUGACCUGCACAGAGAUGUGGUGUGUGACAUCCUCAGGAAGGAGGCGUCGGUCUGCAGGGUGAAAGAAUACUCUGGAGCAGUGGACACUCGUAUCCUGAACAUUGAGAGGGAUGGGGGCAUCCUUUAUUCCUGGAAGGGAGCAACAGGGACUACUAGGAUUGGGAAAUAUGACUUCAACACCAAACAGAAUAAGCUCCUGUACACAUUUGACAAGCAGGUGUGUGUCAGCAGCUGUUCCCUGAACAAGGAGGAGACGCUGUUAGCUGUCAGCUUGGCACAAAACACCACAGGAGAGGAGCGCCUCAAACCAAUAUCCAAGUGUCUAACCCUCCUGAUUGAGAUCCAUCCCAUAAACAACACUAAAGUCCUCAAGGCAGUAGACUGCAGGGUCAAAGUGCAGUUCCUCCAUUCAGAAAGUGACAGGAGAUCAGUGCUGGAGAGCCACCUGCUGCUGCUGACUGAGGAUGGAUAUGUGGAUCUUUACCACGUUGUGCUGACGAAACAGGAGGGUUACCGAGUGGUGAUGGCGAAUCCAGAGCGUUUGUCCAAAACCGCAGAGACAAUAGUGGAGGACUUCUGCUGGGUCCAGUGGGACAGACACACACAAAGAGUCUACUAUCUCACUCACAGUGCAACACACAUACAGGAAAAGUUCCUGCUGCGAUGCGUUCAGUUUUACGCCAACCAUAACUGCGAAAUUGUGUUGGAGCUUCCGUUAAAGUUGCCUGCCAAUCUUUUCCGCACAGUCAAGUUUGUAAAUCUGGGUUUUGACCAUUAUCACAUGGAGAGGCCAGACAAGGAGCUCAUUAGGAUGGAAGUGUUCACAAACAGCAUAGGAAGCAUGUGUGUGUGCUACAGCCAGCCUCUUAAAGACAAACAGGAACUGAUGUAUACUGUGCUUUUAGUCCACAAAGACUGCAGCAAGAUGCACAGAGUGUCGCUGGGCAGCGACCAGUCGCCACAAAAACCUGCACAGCUGCAUCCACUCUUCAUCCCUCUAGGUUAUCACAUCCUGGUGUAUCUGCAGGACUGUUUCCUCCAUUGUAUCAACACUAGGCAGGAGGAGAUGCUCUGUCACUCCCUCUUUCUCUCAGGUCUCGACGCAGACUUGGGCCUGCAGUGUCAGUCGGCUAACAUCACGGUGUUGCAUGCAGAACAAGAGUCCAGUGGUAGUUUUUUAGACCUGGCCAGUGGGAGGAUCCACACCGCUGAGCUGAGCCCUGCCUUCCUGCUGCGGAUUCUGCGAUCAGACACUCCCUCUAGGUGUUCCAGCAGUAAGACUGACCCUCAGCGCCUGGCCGCCCUCCACUACUUGCUGGUUUACAUGGGAAACGACCCAAACCUGGAGCUGAAGAUCAUCGAAUGGCUGUGUGACAACGUGAACGCCUUCGAAUCCUUUGAUCAGAUCCAGGAGUUCAUUCUAGCCUCUUUAUACAGAAUAAGCUAUGAGAAGUCUCUCAGCCUGGAUAAAGUCCUGCCUUACUCUUCAGUACUCGACAAGAAGGAGAUACACGGGUGUCUGUUGAAGGUCCCUGGUGUGUUGUGUACCACUGAGCUGCACACUGAAGCUGUGUUCAAAGGCAAGGCCAGAAGUCUCCAGGGUUUCUGGUCAGAGCUGCAGUGGAACACAGAGAGGUCAGAAUGUUUGGACGCCAGUCCCAACCCCAGAUACAGAACCUCACUCAUACAGGCCGACUGGGAUAAACUGAGGUCCGAGAGGAGACCAUCCAGCACCAUGACUCACAUGGAGGAGAACACAAAGAAGGUUCUAUCAAUGGUGGACACCUGGCGUCUUGAUAAGAAGCUGGUGCCACUUUUCCAGGAGGAGGACCAUCAACAGAGGGCGCUCAUAGGGCUGACGGUUGACAAGCUUCGAGAGCAUCUCAACAGACACUUGCCUCGACUGGGGAAGAAGAAGAUUGACUUGCUGGUCGUCAACUACGUCGCCAAACUGCUGGAGCUCAUCAGACACAUGCUGGAAUCAGUCUGGCUGAAAUACAAACUCGGCCCUCGUGUUUUGUGCUUCACACAGCAGGGCAGUCCGGCCGAGUGGUCCGUGUUUCACUUCAUGUUUCGGAUCCUGGAAGCCACGAGGAGCCUCUGCCUCCCCCUUCCACCUGGCUAUCACACCCUGUUAGCGGUGUUUGCUGUGCGGUGCCUCCCUCAUCACACCUUUCUACAGUACAUUGACCACGGCUUCCUGCAGCUCACUGAAACCUUUGUGUCUCGGCUCAUGACAGAUUUGGACAACAGUGAUGCCAGUGAGAGACUGAAGUUCAGCAUACUUAAGAGACUCCCUGAGCCUAUGGAGCAGAGGAUCUACCAUAUGUGGGACCAUCCUGUCAGUUCAGCUUCGAUCUCCAGAGAUUAUGUCAGAACGCUGCUGGAGAGACACAUCAAAAAUAAGGGAUUUGCAUUCACCGGCAGAGACAAGCCCGCCUUCAGACCUGAGUUUCUGCCUCUUACCUACCUGGCAAAAAUACUCUCUGAUAUAGAGGAACAAGCUCUGAACCCUUUCGAGGAGCAGGAGAACGUGGACGCCAGGUUCGUGGAGGAGACGGCUCUGAAACAGACACUGAUACUGCUGGGCUUUGAGGAAAAAUGAGGGAUGUGGAGUGGGCGGGCGGGGUGGAUAGAUUGAGGGAGAAACAGAUGAGGGGGAAAAUGUGUUUGAGAGAACAGUCAUCAUUGACUGGGCCUUGAGGAUAAGUAACGGAUGGAUGGAUGAUGGAGGGACGAGGGCGAGAAGUGAAAGAUGAAUGGAGAGAUUGAAAGGCAGGGCGCUCAUAAACAAGCUCUCACUGUCUGAUGACAGAUUAGGGUGGGGCGGGAGGAGAGAUGGAUGGAGACGCCCAGAAAGGAAAGAUGGAGGGGAGAACAUGAGGCGAAAAGUCACCCUGUUUUUCCUCAGAAACACUGAGGAGUGCGAGGGUCUGUACCAAAGAUGAUAACAUGAUAGGGAGCACAGUUAGAUCUUCAGUUAGUGGCUUAAUUCAAUUUGGGGAAACAUGCUUUUCAAUUUUUUAUUGAAAAUCAAUAACUGCAGGCAGCUAUUUAUCUGGACUCAAUUUCUGUGGCGGCAACAAUUCUCUCCACAACCUCCAUUUUCUCUCGAAACAAUUUAUGAACAUUGAUGUCAAGUAUAAAUCACACGCUUGUUUUAUCCUUCUGUGCUUCCUGUAAUUCCGCCGCACCCCAUCAACUUGAUUACAUGCUGACAAAAGGCUUUGCGGACAGAGCGGCUGGAUAUGGUCAGUCCAUUCAUUCUGAUAUUAUACACAAUCUUUGCUGCUGAAAGGGGCUUAGGUGAGACAACCCGGCCAACCUGAUCGUCAGAUGGUAUUGUACGUUUCUGCGAUCCACAGAUACGUCACAUUCGUCCGUUAUUAUGUUGCGGAUACAUUGAAACUUUACAUUUCUUUACAUUUCAUCAGUGCUACAGUAAAUAUGUGGUCAGGUUUAGGCACAAAAACCACUUAGUUAUGGUUAGGAAAAGAUUGUGUUUUGCCUAAAAUAACUACAUUGUACCAGGGCUGAAAACAAAGCAACAAGUUGCUAAGAAACAACCACAUUCGGUGGCUAAAAAGCCGCUGGAAAACAACCAAUAUUAUUGAUUGUUGGCCUUCCAACUCGUGACGUUACUUUAAAAAGGCUGAUAUGAUAUAAGUAUGAAACAGACAAAUGUGACGUAUCAGACACGUACAACGCCAACAUGUUCUUCAAGCGACUGUGCUAACCUGGCAGAUUUAAAGUCAUAUAAACCCAACCAGAUGUUUAGGUGUUGUAAACCACAUGAAUCGGAUGCUAAUUAAAAAAAAGUGGCUAAACAUUUGAGAACAGGAACUGGUCUGAAAUAUGUAGGAAAUUCCCUGUUUGCUGCUGUAAGGACAAUAAGGGCUGUGUGUCAUUCACACACUGUAAGAAGUGGACGAAACCAUUGUGACGUCACUGUUUUUAAAGCCUCUAGUUUGGCAUUUUGGCAGUCGCCAUUUUGCUUUUUUUGGAGCCAGAGGUGACCAUAUGUGGAUGAUGGAUGGAUGGAUGGAUGGAUGGAUGGAUGGAUCUGGCUAUGAACGUCAAGGCCAUUAACUGAAAGCUGUGACACAGUGUCAUGUCACGUCGUAUCAUUGGGGUCCAGCACAUGUGCGGUAAAGGCUGGUCUUCACUUGCUGAAAGGCUCGGUAGCCUGUACGUUAUCAUAGAACAUCGUAUUGAUUGAUUAGUUUCACUGAGGCGUCCAGAGUUGGCUUUGGUUCGGAAAAAAAUUCAUACAAAAUAUGCGGCAUGUGUACGGCUCCUUGAGGAGCACAACCAAAGAGCACCUGAACAGACACCAUCCCUUUAUUUCUGGUGUGUGCUGUAACCCUACAACACUGCAGCCCUCUUGACACUGCACAUGUGUCGUGCUCCAUAGGGUCAAAGACCAUGUCCAGGUCUUCAUUAAACAGCCUUGAGGACCCGUGGUAGCCACGCCUUAAAGCAUCCUCCGCUUUGUCUGUUUUACUCUAAAUGGGACCAUAAUUCACGAAAGGAGCAUCAAACUGUAUCGCAGAAGACUUAAAACUAGCGAUUAAGACCAUUAACUCAUUAGGAAAAGGACUUGUAUACUUGUAUACAAACUAGUGUCUUUAUUGCAACCAGUGGAGCUGCCCCCUGCUGGCCAUUAGAAAGAAUGCAGGUUUGAGGCACUUUGCAUCAUGAAUUUUGAGAAAUAUAAAUAUGCUUUUCUACAAAACCCUCAGCCAAAGCUUUCUUAUUUUAAACACUGCAUCCCCAGCUCUAUUAAAUUAAGCCUUACUUAAAAUUCAGUUAGUUACCUGAGAGGAAAACAGCAAAAUACAAUAACUUUAUAUUUACUUUAUUUAUGCAGCACAUGGCAAAAUCAGUCAAAAUUCUUUACAACCCAUCAAAUCAAACGGGACAGUACAAGGUUAAGGAAAAGGCUUUACGAAUUUCAAUAGAAAAAAAAGAGAAGGGACUACUCAGUCUGACUGCACAUACUCAAACGUCUGGUUUGAAUAACAUGCUCACGUGCCCUCAAUCAUGACUGAGCUCUUACUGUAAGUGGAGAGAUUCUUUGGUAGUGAAGUUUGUGUUUUUGAGUGUGUGUGUGUGUGUGUGUGUGUGGCAUGUGUUUAUAAUCCCUUUGUAGUGUCUGAAUGUUGGCACCAUCUGAGACUAAAUACCAGAGACUAUUUACGUCUCAUGUCGCACUUUGAUUUGAGAAAUUAUAAAACAUUCCUCUGAAAAAUAAAGGGAUUUCAUAAUCACUCGUGUUCCUUAUGUUUACACCAAAAAGUUUUGUACGAUGGAUUCUAAAUAAAGAGAUUUUUUUUUCAAAGUUUACCGUAUUUUCGUCUUUUUUACUGCCAUGUUUUUGAAGAACAUGGAAACGGUGAGGCCUUGGUUCACUUUGUUUCCAGUGGAUUUUCUUUGAAGCCUGAAACAACUGAGCGCCAGAUACAUUGUGGAGCUUUGAGAUAAAUUAGGAAGUGAUCUCAGCUCGUAGUCAAAAAAAGCUGUCGAGUGGAAGGAAUGAGCUCAGAUUCUCUGUAAUACCCGAGUGUUUUACUCAGUGGACUUCUGCUGAAGUCAGGGAAUCAUUUCAGCAUCAGUUAUCUUCCACGCUGAGUCACAGUUACAAAGAACACACCCAUCACGCUUUUAUACAUACGUGUUUUGCAAUAGCGCCAGAUUACACAAUCAGUUUUUUGUUUUUGGUUUUACUUUGAGCUCCUCGGUACAGUCGUCUCCAAUCAUCUCUCAUCGGGGGAAUUCCUCUUUUAAAUGUGAAUACAUCGCUCAUUCUCCACCCGAUUGCCUCCUCCAUACUCUGUUAUGCAGUCAGUGUUAUGUAGCCGGCUAAUAACCUCAAACAGUUUGGGGCUAAGAGAAUCUGACAGCUCUCACCGUCGGCCUGCAGUGGAUGAUCACACACACACACACACACACACACACACACACACACACACACACACGGAGCACAAAAAUGGGUGGAUGGGGCUGCCUCAGACUCAGAUAAACUCCACCUGCUGCCUUCGUGAACCUGUGAGAGGUUGGCUGAACACCGUGUGACGCGGCCUCACAUCCUGAUCGGGUUAUUACGACUGUUUGUUCAGAACUUUCAGCUAAUUAUUUCCACUGUUUAUCCAGCGUCUGUGUUUGCAGGGUCCUUUUUCUCCCCUGUUAAAUAUUCUUCUUCUGACUGUGUUCAGGUAUUGUGUCCUUACAUGUGAAAAUGUCUGAGGUGUUGAAAAAAUUGUUAUGUCUGUGGUGUUCUGGGUCAAAUCUGACCCAACAGAGAAUAUUAAAAAGAGUACGGAUGGUUCUGUGGAUUAAAUUUUAAUGAAAUUUGAUUCCAAUUCUUGUUUGAGUUGGGUUUGAUGGAUAAAACUACCCAGAAUGUUUUAUUGCUGCAUCACCCACUGUUUCUGAUGACUUGGUUUGAUGAGAUUUUUACCGGCGGGGUGAAUGUGGUCUACGAACCACUAAAUAACAUUAAUGGUUCGUUGUUGAACACUUACGCCAACCAGUCAAGUUGCAGUUUACAUCAAUGGCUGUCCAGACUCAUUUUCAGCUUCAGUUUUCAGAUGGACGCCCAACAUUAGUGUCACCAAUUCAGUAUCUGACCAAAUGUCUCCACUGCUGUUACUGAGCUAUAAUGUUGAAUAAUAAAAGUGUUUUUGCAGAAC